CACACCAUCACAGUACUACCAUACACCCAUCAUGUCUCUUUCCAACAAGCUGUCAAUCGCCGACGUCGACCUCAAUGGCAAGCGCGUCCUUAUCCGAGUCGACUUCAACGUACCUCUAGACGGCGACAAGAACAUCACCAACAACCAGCGCAUCGUCGGCGCUCUUCCCACAAUCAAAUACGCAAUUGACAAUGGCGCAAAGGCUGUCAUCCUCAUGUCGCAUCUUGGUCGCCCAGACGGAAAGCCAAACGCCAAGUACAGUCUCAAGCCGGUUGUUCCCGAGCUUGAGAAGCUGCUCGGCAAGAGCGUAACUUUCACAGACGACUGCGUCGGCAAGUCGGUCGAGGACACUGUCAACAGCGCCAAGGACGGUCAGGUCAUCCUUCUGGAGAACCUGCGCUUCCACGCCGAGGAGGAGGGCAGCUACAAGGACGACGAGGGCAAGAAGCAGAAGGUUGACAAGAGCAAGGUCGAAGAGUUCAGGAAGGGCCUGACUGCUCUUGGUGACAUCUACAUCAACGAUGCUUUCGGUACCGCCCACCGCGCACACAGCUCCAUGGUCGGUGUCGACCUCCCACAAAAGGCGUCUGGCUUCCUUGUCAAGAAGGAGCUCGACUACUUUGCGCAAGCGCUCGAGGAGCCCAAGCGACCCUUCCUCGCCAUUCUCGGUGGUGCCAAGGUCUCCGACAAGAUUCAGCUGAUUGACAACCUGCUCGGAAAGGUCAACAGUCUCAUCAUCUGCGGAGGCAUGUCAUUCACCUUCAAGAAGACACUCGAGGGCGUCAACAUUGGUGACAGCUUGUUCGACGAGGCUGGCAGCAAGACCGUCAAGGACCUUGUUGAGAAGGCGAAGAAGAACAACGUCAAGAUUGUCUUGCCUGUUGACUACAUCACCGCCGACAAGUUCGACAAGGACGCUAACACUGGCUACGCUGAGGACAAGGACGGUAUCCCAGACGGCUGGAUGGGUCUCGACUGCGGAGACAAGUCAAUCAAGCUGUACAAGGAGGCCAUUGAUGAGGCAAAGACCAUCCUCUGGAACGGACCCGCCGGUGUGUUCGAGUUUGACAAGUUUGCCAAGGGUACCAAGGCGACACUCGAUGCUGCGGUUGAUGCUGCACAGAGCGGCAAGAUUGUCAUCAUCGGUGGUGGUGACACAGCCACUGUUGCUGCCAAGUACGGUGUAGAAGACAAACUGUCUCACGUCUCGACCGGCGGUGGUGCGUCGCUCGAACUGCUCGAGGGCAAGGAUCUGCCCGGUGUUUCUGCCCUGUCAAGUAAGUAAACCAGUCACUCGAAAGAAGUGAAUGGUGGCUCAAGAUCAGGGAAGGUAUAUCUUCGAAGUUAUGAUUGUGUGUAGCUAUAGCUCUUUUUGGUUCAAUAUAGAAAUACCGCAUCUCCACCUUGUGCCC